AUGGUGACGACCACAGUCACUGCCCACAGCAAGGGCGAGGCGGUCGCUAUCUCGACGCCCAACGGGACGGUCCGUAUCACGCCGUACGUGUCGUCGGGCGGUUCCGACGGGCUCAAGACUGUCCUCCGCUUCGCUCCCCGCUACUCGAGCUUUGACCGCGAGAACACAAAGAGCCAGAACGACCAGUUCCGCGGCUUCUUUACGCUCUUCUGGAUCGGCCUCGCCAUUACGUUCAUGCGCACGUCGCUCGACUCGUGGGACACGAACCGCACGCUCCUGUCGCUCAACUUUGGCCGCCUCAUCACGCGCGAUGCGGUCAUGCUCGCGGUCGCCGACCUGAUCAUGGUCUCGGCCAUGCUCCUCAGCGUCCCGUUCGUCAAGUGCCUCCAGAGGGGCUACUUCAACUACUACUACACCGGUGUCAUGCUCCAGGUCUUCUUCGAGAGCUGCUUCGUCUGCGCGGCUGUGGCGUGGGGUGUGGCGAGGGACUGGUACUGGGUGCAGGCGGGAUUCAUGGUUCUCCACUCUCUGUCGUGUAUCAUGAAGGUCCACUCGUACAUUGCGCACAAUGGCAUGCUCGCGACGGUGUACAGCCGCCUCCAGGUGGAGAAACGCACCCUUGCCGACUACAUCGCGAGGCAUGGCGGCCACGAGGCGGCACUGGAGAGGGCCGCCAAGCAUCAAGCUGAGCUUGAGGCCAUCGAAGCGUCGGCUCCUGAAGUGAGCACUCCUGCCACGCCGCAAAUUGUCGUCACGAACGAGAAUGAAAACGGUAACGGCAACACCAACGGUAACGGCAAUGUCGACAACACCAGACUUCUCAGACAGGCGCUCGAGUCGGGGGCCGCUCUUCGCCGCCGCAAGCGCUCGUCGCUGCCUGCCAAGAACAACCUUCCCCUGCCCACGGAGGGCCUGCCCCGCGGUACUUCGCUGGAGCCGUCGCACUCUACCUCGCCGCAUACACCGCGCGACCCCAACCCACUUGCGUGGAGCCCGGACCGGCAGAUUGCGCUGCUCGCGCGCAACAUUGAUGAAAUGGAGGACGAGCUUCGCUCCAACGGCAAGAAGGGACUCGUGUGGCCCGAGAACCUGACAUACAGGAACUUUGUCGAGUUCCAGUUCUUCCCGACCCUCGUCUACGAGCUCGAGUACCCGCGUACGACGACGAUCCGCCCGCUGUACAUCCUCGAGAAGACGCUGGCCACGUUUGGAACCUUCUCCCUCAUCUACACCCUCACGGAGCACUAUAUCAUGCCUCACUCGCCCCAGCCCACCGACUCCAUCCUCCACACCUUCCUGAACCUUGCACUUCCCAUGAUGAUCAACUUUCUUCUAAUCUUCUACAUCAUCUUCGAGUGCAUCUGCCCCGCGUUCGCCGAGCUGUCGUGCUUUGCCGACCGCGAACUGUACGGCGACUGGUGGAACUCUACCAGUUGGGACGAGUUCUCGCGCAAGUGGAACAAGCCCGUCCACGUCUUCCUCCUGCGCCACGUCUACUCGUCGUCGCGCAACGCGUGGAACUUUUCCAAAUGGCAAGCGGCCUUCUUCACCUUCUUCCUCUCGGCACUGGCGCACGAGCUCGUCAUGGCCGUCGUGUCCAAAAAGAUCAGGCCAUACCUGUUCCUCAUGCAGAUCUCGCAGAUACCCCUUAUCGCCAUCGGCCGUCUGCCAAUCGUGCGCCGGAACAGGACGCUGGGCAACAUUGUGUUCUGGCUCGGCCUCAUGAUUGGUUUCCCCCUCCUCGAGAUUUGUUAUCUUGUAUAUUAG